CUAACAUCAACCUCCGCUGGAAAUUAUAGUUCCUUCAAUCAAUUUUCGUUUCGCUGUAACUAUACAUAGUAUAUCUAGACUGAUAGACGUUAACAACCAUUGUGCGCUUCCUGAUUCUACUCGUCCAUUUUCAUUGGCAGACGCUGACGGAAAAACUCUUGACUCCCCUGGGCACAUGAAACUGGACACCCGAGCGUUUGAGGCCCCUCUUUCCAUGCGGAGGAAUACAUUGUUGCUGCUCACAAUGUGGAUGGAGGUGGUCAAGAUGUCUACUAGAAGAAUGAAUUCACUUCAAUUGUAACAACAUAAAGGAAGUCGUGGCGCGAGACUGUUUGUAUACUGACGUGCAACAUUGUAUUUGUGACGUCGGUGUUUUGAAGAAGGAUGUCAAAGCAGGAAUAAGACACAUUGUUGCGGCCAUCCAACGCUUUUAAUGUGCCGUACCUCAAAUUCUUUCAAGUUUUAUGGUUUUUCCCUACGAGACUCAACCUUUCUUUUUUAACUACUGGAUGAAGACAUCUGAUAAUCGGAGGGUGCUUUAAAGACAGAGGGGUAUGACCGAGCCACACCAGAGAAUGACUACAGUGGGAACUGAUAAGGAACUCAGCGACCUGUUGGAUUUUAGUGCGAUGUUUGCGCCCCCUGUGGCCAAUGGGAAAAAUAGGCCAACCACACUUGCCAGCAGUCAGUUUGGUGGUUCAGGAAUGGAUGAACGUAGUAGCCCAUGGACUGCUGGGGAUCAAAACAGUCCCUCCUUCAACCAGGUACAGAACUAUGGAGAGGGCUCUCACUUCAAUGAACAUGAUGGACUCUCUUCCCCAUUCCUUGGCACAGGGAUUAGUGGUAAGAAUGAAAGGGCUCCAUACUCUUCCUUUGGAGGCCAGCCAGGGUUCCUGCCCUCAGACAUCGCCAUGCACUCUGCAGAUGCCAUGUCCCCAUCCGGCCUGAAGUCCAGCUCACAGGUCUACCCCUCAUACCCCAACAACCCUCGGAGACGCACCUCAGAUGGAGGCAUGGACCCCCAACCAAAAAAGAUUCGAAAGCCACCAGGAUUGCCAUCUUCUGUUUACGCUGCCACAUCUGGGGAUGAAUUUAUUCGCGACAGUGCUGCCUACCCAGGCUCCAAACCUGGCUCUGUGUACCCAGGAUCUUUUUACAUGCAAGAGGGCCUCCACUCCUCUUCGGACCCAUGGGCCCCCUCCGGAUCUUUAGGUCAGUCAGGUUACACGGCCAUGUUGGGCAAUUCACCACACACCAGUCAACCAGGCUCCUUUUCUGCCAUCAACCCACAAGACAGGAUGAACUAUCCUCUGCAUGGAGCGGACAUCAAUGGUUUCCAGUCGGGCUCCGCAGCCUACAGUCACACGUCCUCUAUGAAUGGAUCAGACAGCCUUUUGGCCAGUAGAGGCUCGGUCACUGGCAGCUCAGGAGAUGAGAUUGGAAAGGCUCUUGCUUCGAUCUACCCUUCGGACCAUAACAGCAACAAUUUCUCCACUCCUUCCACUCCUGUGGGCUCCCCUCAGGGCAUUGCAACAGGUGCAGCUCAGUGGCCGAGAGGCUCUGGCCAGACUGCUCUGUCUCCUAACUAUGAGGGGGGACUACAUGCAUUGAACAAAAUGGAAGACCGACUGGAGGAGGCUAUUCAUGUCCUGCGCAGUCAUGCGGUGGGUCAAUCACCGGGUAUUCCUGGAGCCCACGGCGACAUGCACAGCCUACUGAGUGCAGUCUCGACUUCCAGUGGAGCCAUUGGGGGGCUUCCUCAGACUUACUCAAACCCUGGACUGCCCCUCAGUAACAGACACCCUGUCAUGGCUGGAAGCCACCACGAGGACCACGCAUGCCUUCCUCCCAGCAGCACUCUAUUGCAGUCAGCUCAUGCUUCAGGCACCCCAUCGCCCGGAGGAGCUCCAGAGGGGUUCAGCAGUUUGCCUGGAGGCCUGGCUCAUGCCACACAAUCUUCGAACAAGUCUGACGUUAAGAGGGAAGACAAGGAAGAUGACGAGAACUCCUCCGUGGCCGAUAAGUCCGAGGAAGAGAAGAAAGAAAGUAAACCGCCUCGCCCCAGACCAAGAAAGGACGUGUUUUCCCAUCAAGCCCUUUCAAGUGUAUCAGACCAGGGAGAAGAUCAAGACAAUGAAGAUGACGAGGACUUGCCGCCGGAGGUGAAAAUUGAACGGGAGAAGGAGCGGCGAGUGGCUAAUAAUGCACGUGAGCGACUGCGUGUGCGUGACAUUAACGAGGCCUUCAAAGAGUUGGGCCGCAUGUGCCAGCUGCACCUGAGCAACGACAAACCCCAGACUAAACUGCUCAUCCUGCACCAGGCCGUCAACGUCAUACUAAACCUGGAGCAACAAGUCCGAGAACGCAACCUGAACCCCAAAGCUGCAUGUUUGAAGCGACGUGAGGAAGAGAAGGUGUCCGGGGUGGUUGGAGACACUCCGAUGCAGCUGUCCGGACCUCAUUCGGGCCUGGGAGGAGAUGGGCGCAACUCUGUCAGUCACAUGUGAUGCGAUUCAGUGAAAUUUCUUGAGCUCUUUGAAGAAGUGACCUUCAAUCUCUUCCACCGUUCUCCUCCUCCCUGUGUGCAUAUAGUGACUCGGAAAGCAUAUCAUCCAAGAAAUACAGAGGUGCACCCUUCAGACUGUUGGAUACACAAACCUUCUGCCAAAACUGACACCGCAGAUCACUCCAGACCACAAUUACUAGCACAAAUGUGAAGAACUCUUGGUCAGUUUUUUUGUAUUUUUCUGCUUCCCUACAAUGACGGAUCAUAGGAAUCGAUGUGUUCAGACCACAACUGGCAUUUAUCCACUGCAGAGAGAGUCACUUUGAUUGAGACGAGACUUGUGUCAACGAACGUCAAAUUUAAUCAAGGAUUUGUGCCUAAUUGUUACGUUUUAUAUAAGACAAAACUGCUUACUUGUGUGGAACAAAGUAGUUUGGGAGUUGCUUGUAUAGGAGCGGAUUUUUUUAACAUGGUUUGUCAUUCCCAACUGAAAGGUACAGUCUUACAUGCGUUGUGUAACUGAACCCCAUGAGAGGUGGGGAGAACCUGUGGUGCUUUUGAGGACUUUGUAUCCCAGCAUGCCUCUGCUCUGUGGGCCAGGGCUCUUCCAGAAUGGGAGAAAAGCACACUGGUCAUCACGGCUCUCCAGACUGUUUGAAACAGGAGAUUUGUUUUGCAUCCCCUGCAUCACGCAUCAUCUGAUGUUAUUCAGCUCUUACAAUGCCAUUGACUUCAGUUUAGGAUAGUUCAACCAAUCAAAAGAAAUAUGAACGGACAUUUUUGGAGCUGCCUGCCACAUUGUACAGGAGCGUCAACUUCUGUUACCAAGACAGAAACAAUGCUUGGAUUCCAGAUGUUGUGUUUGUUAGGCCACGUCCACACCAAGUAUUCAAAUGAGUAUUCGAAAAUAUUUUCGGCAGAGAAAAAUGACAUUUCAUUGUAGAUGGAUGGCAUAAACGUAGCGACAUUGAUGUGUUUUCCAAUUAAAACAUAUUAGUAGGCCACGUCUACACACUUAUCCAUUUAAGUUUGAAAACGGCAUUUGUUUUCAAAGUAUGCAGUUUUGGAUAUUGUUUUCAGAAGUCCAUUUUCGUUGGAGAAAAACACCAUUUUAGUGUCUAUAAGAAGCGUAAACUUGGUGAAAAUGCAUUGUGUGGAUGUGGUUUAAGUUUUGAAGCAAAAUUUUCACCAUUUGUAAGCCCAUUGUUUAUUUUAUUUGUUUUGCCAGGAUAUUUACAAUCAUCACUCACUCAUAUUAAAGGCUCAUUGUGGAUGUUGCCAAAAGUCUGCAACCUGAACACACAUCCACCUCACACAUAUGUAAUGGAUGUUAUUUCAAUUUGAGACAAAUGUAUGAAUAUAUAUAUCUAAAUAAAUAUAUAUAUUUUUGUUAAUCUAUACAUAGUAGAUUUCUAAAUAACAAAAAUGUAUUAGUUUUAAGUGUAGAGUCUAUAGUGCAAGUGAACGCUCAGAGACACGUAUGAUCGAAAUGGACCAUGCAUUUUCAGAAGACCCUGCAUAUAUUUUCGGAAACCUAAUGGAUGCUCCAGAAUAACUCUAUUCUCAAAAAUUAAAUGAUAGAUAUUUGAUUAAUGAUUGAGGGUGCUUCAAUGUGAGUAAUUCUUUGAAGCCAUGUUUCCUGCUUUAAGCAAAAAGCUUGGUGUUCGGCAAUGGUGUAGUCCGUCAGGCAACGUUUGCCAAUACAAUUAAAUUUCAGUCUCGCCUACGCAUAUAAUGCAACUUGUUUGAAUGUAAUAUUCAAAUGUAUAGCACUCGCAAAGUCUCCAUCAGACUGGCUUACUGUGAGUUCAGUUGAUCAUUCUUAUCGUCAUUUCAAGGUAUACAUCCCACACAGUCAGUGUGCAGCUUCACAAAUGUUUCUUGUUCACUGGAUGUCAUUAUGUGCGUGAGAAGAUGCACCAGAUUGUUUGAUAUGUAUGUAUGGUAAAAUUGGUGUUAAAACCUGUGUAAUUGUCAAUGUCCACAGUGGAUAUAAUUUCAAACAUUUUAUCAUAUUCCAGAGGAGGUUGUUCUAAAGCAUAAUGGAAGCAUAAUAUCAAUUCUUGAUAAAAAGAUAUAAAUUGUUGAAUGUUUAUAUAUUGUGGCCUUCUCAAGACUCAUAUUUGAGAGUGAUGCCUUGUCAGUGCCUAAACUUUUUUUGUAAACUUGACCAUUUGUUAUUAUUUGAAAACUCAAAAAUGGCUCAUCCAGAUUUCUUUUUUUUUACUCAUAGAUUGUUUUCUGGAAGUAGUGGCAAAUCUUUUGUAUUCAUUACAAUUCUGUGUUUGUGCACGCUUUUGGCAGUUUUAGGUUCUUGUCACGUUUUGGUAUGACUAGACUUUGGUUUUGAGAUGUUGAUGUCACUAGUCCUGUGAUUUAAGCACACCAGAAAGGGGAUCUUCAUUGAUUCAUCAAAGGUAGUAGGAGCCUGACAACUCUAGACUAUUAAAAGUUAUUCUCAUUGCGUCCAGCUAAUACCAUCCAAUUUUGAAAAUAUCCAUGUAAUUUCCUGUCCACAGUUUCAUCUGUUACUUUUCCAAAUCAAAAAGUUUUUUAAUCCCACCCCUUGAAUGUAUAACCGUGUGAACAUUUGAAUGACAUAUUCAUUGCACACCCCUUCAUAGUCAAAAUGAUUCCCAUCAUUAUUACCACGUGUGUGAAUUUUACACAACCUGGUGUCUUGCAGUUGCAGUAGGAACAUGAACAAUACUGCUGUUUUGUCUUCUUUUUUAUUUUAAUUUUUUUGUCUUUGUUUUUAUAAAUAUACAUAUAAAGUAGGUAUUGAGAACUGUCCUGUAUAUAACAGUAAUGUAGCAAUAAAUGUGCCAUUUUUUUUUUUUUUUUUUAAAUAACGGAAUUAUCCUUUUUUUUUUUUUUUUCAAUGUCUUGCUUUGGAUCUUGUA